AUGGGUUUCCGCGCCGCCGCUGCCGCUGCCGCGGUGGCCGUGUUUGUGGCGGCGGUGCUGGCGGUCGCCGCCGGUGCCUCCGCGGACUCGCUCGCCGACCUCGGCGGCGCGGCCAGGGAGAUCGAGAGCGCGCCAGAGGUGAAGAACUUGGGACCAUGGGCAAAGGGGCUGCUGAAAGGUAUGCCGGAGGCUGCGGCGGGACAGGCAGCUAUGGCCCCUGUUGCCAAGUAUCCGCUGGUUCUGGCAGAGGACCGGACGCGGCGGCCGGAUGUUCUCAGACAUCUCAAAAUGUAUGGAGGAGGGUGGAACGUCACCAACAAGCACUACUGGGCGUCUGUUUCAUUCACAGGAGUUUCUGGAUUUCUUCUUGGUGCCUUGUGGUUCAUAUUUUUCGGGAUAGCUGUGGCUGGACGAUGCUAUUUUGGAUCAAAAAUGUCCAAACGAAAGGUUUCUUAUACAGAUGUAGUAGGCCCUGUGUUGCUUGGUGUCUUCGUACUUGCUUUAAUAGCUGGGUGCAUUGUCCUUCUUUAUGGGCAGAGUAAAUUCCAUGAAGAAGCUACACGGGCUGUUGAUUUUGUUGUGAACCAAUCUGAUUUCACUAUUCAGACACUAAGGAAUGUUACGGAAUACUUGUCAUUUGCACAGACGAUCACUGUGGCAGCACUCUAUCUUCCAUCUGACGUUCAAAGUCAAAUUGACAAUUUGAUGGGGGACUUGAACAAAGCAGCUGACACCAUAUCUCUGAAGACAGCAGAAAAUUAUAAAAGGAUAAGAAAAGUUCUCCAUAUCAUGUCGGUUGUAUUGAUUUGCAUAGCCGUGGUGUUGCUUGUUCUUGUGUUCAUUGGAUACGGCUUAGAGCAAUAUGGACCGAGAUAUACUGUUUACAUAUUUGUUACCUUAUGCUGGAAAGUUGUGGCGGCUCUCUUUAUUCUUCUAGGAAUUUUCCUGAUACUAAACAGUGCUGCGAAGGAUACCUGCGAAGCAAUGGACCAAUGGGCCCAGCAUCCUCAAGCAGAGACAGCUCUAAGUAACAUCCUUCCAUGUGUGGACGAAAGCACAACAAAUCGAACAUUGUACCAGAGCAAAGAAGUUGUGGUGAGGCUUGUGGGGAUAGUUAACAGAGCUAUAUCUGCUCUUUCAAAUCGAAGACCACAUCAUAAGCAUCCAGGACAGUUCAUGCCUUACUUAUGUUCUCCCUACGAUUCAAACCUCAAUGAUCGGCCGUGCAAGUAUAGGGAGGUCACGUUUGAAAAUGCAACAACAGCAUGGUUGAAUUAUACAUGCAUGGCUCAAGACACUGACUUGUGUUCAGGCAACAAGACCUUAACCUAUGACAUCUACGGCCAACUCGUCCUGGCUGCAAAUGUAAGCUACGCGCUGUACCAUUACGCCCCCUUCCUGCUCAACCUCCAGGACUGCAAGUUUGUCCGUGCCACCUUCAGCGCCAUCGCCUCACAGUACUGCCCUCCUCUGGAGCAUGACCUCGGGUUAGUCUCCGCGGGCCUGGCGCUCAUUGCCUCGGGCUUUGUUCUCUACCUCAUCUGGAUGCUCUUUGCGGACCGCCCCCAAAGGGAGGAGGUGUCCGAUCUGGCGUCAGGGUCGAGAAUCACACCAGUAGUAGACAGCUCUCCGUCGUAG